ACAGCAGGCGCAGGGCAGCGCGCACAGUCAGCGGCGGGCGGGUUGGCAGCGGCGGGAGCAAAAGUGAGUGCGCCUCGAGUCUCUGCUUCCACUUCACGUUCAGUCAAGAAGGUAUGUCGCCAGCACCCUCCUGUUUGCUUUGUUUGUGUGUGGUAGUUGUGGUGUAAGGGAUGAUGUGCUAACUGUUCUGUUCUCUUUUGUGCAUGUGCUCGGCGGACGACUGGUGGAGGGUAGAAUACGGGACGCAGACACGAUCAUCACAGGCUCGACAGAGAAGCUCUGCAGAACUGCUCAGUGUGGUAUCUAUCGUUGGAUUAUACUGCUGGAAUCUGUGCAAGAAGACGAACAUAUUGCUUGCUAGAGAUUGGCCGUGUCGAAUCUGAUCAGUCCCGUAUUUAUCCCCGCCAGAUUGCUGCUACAGUAUAUGCCAUUGAGAAUAUCUAUUCCAGAUCAUAAUUCACAAUGUCAAAGUCGAAGAACCAUACCAAUCACAACCAGGUCAAGAAGGCCCACCGCAACGGUAUCAAGAAGCCCAAGACCUCGAGAUACCCCUCGCUCAAGGGUGUUGACCCCAAGUUCAGACGUAACCACAGACACGCUCUCCACGGCACCGCCAAGGCCCUGAAGGCCGCUAAGGACUCGGCUUAAACGUCGAGUGAGUUGGUUGGUUUACAUCAAAAAAAUACAAGAUAAAAGUGGGAACAAGAUGGCUUAGUCGGAUUCACUGCUAGUCCAUUUGGCUCUGCAAUAACCAUUCCAUUUACACCACUGCACAUCUCGAUAGCGAUACAGCCGACGUUUGUCUAUAUGGCUGCUAUUGCUACCUGAGGUUUUUCUUACAUAUUGACUUUCACUCGAAAUCCUGCUGAAAAUGUGCUAUAUCAAACCGUAGGGACGCUACCAAGCGCGGCCAGAGUAGUUUAGUGCCGGACCGCGUAUGACAGCAGAUCCCACAUCCAAUAGACUAGAUAUCAGCAAUAUAAACAG